AUGACCAAAAAGCCGUUGAAACAGGCACGUGACAAGCCAUUUUUUGUCAUUUCGGAAAAUCACGUGACUGGACNUCGGUCCCCAAGCAGAAGGGAAAGUCCUAAUACUAAGAGGCUUAACAAAAUGAGGGAGAGGCUGAAAGAGAUGAACCAGUGGUGGAAUCAAGUCCUGCACGAAAGUGAAGAGGGCAAACACGAAGACUGUGGCUCUGAAGAUAACAAUACCGAAAACAAUCUCAAGGAUGAAUAUGAGACUGAAAUUGAAGAACCUGCAGAGGAAGCUGUGUGGGUGGAGAGGAAGGGGGAGUUCCUAGUUCUUCAUUUCAGGUGCCCCUGUGGCAAAGGCUAUCAGAUUCUUCUUCAUGGAAGCAACUGUUACUACAAGCUCACAAGUUUCUGAUCUAUCCCAAUCUUUACUCAAAGAUUUCUAUAUGAUCAGCAGCGAAGAUUCGACUUGUUUUUUCCCUUAUCAAGUUUGUGCUAACCAAUUGUACAGAGAAAACUUUUGUUAGAUAAUGUUCAUAUAGCGUAGGUGAGAGGCCCUGUUUAAUUCAGUUUACAGAUUGUUGUUUCGGUUAGGACCUGUUAUAUUUCAGUUUACUGAUUUAUGUUUUGUU